GCACUUCUCAACAAAAUCAGAUGUCUUUAGCUUUGGUGUUCUAAUUUUGGAGAUUGUAAGCGGUCAAAAAAUUACUAAUUUCUGUGACACGGAAUAUGGAGUACCUUCUCAGCUAUGCAUGGAAAAAUUGGAGGGAUGGGACAGCUUCCAAUCUCAUAGAUCCCACCUUGAUGAAGGGUAGUCCAAUGGCUGAAAUGAUGAGAUGUAUUCACAUCGGUCUGUUAUGUGUUCAACAAAACGUAGUUGACAGACCAGACAUGGCUUCGGUUGUUCUCAUGCUUAACAGCGAUUUGGUCGCUCUCCCUGUACCUACACAACCUGCAGGCUUUAUGCAGAGCAAUGUUCAUCUACGGGAGAAACGGGUUGUUGCUGCUCUGACUCAGGGCCCGAUGUGCGAGGACGAGAUUGUUGGAGUUAUCCCACAUCGGUUGUUGAAGGGGCUGAUGGUCAAUUUAUAA